AGUUCAUUUAGCUCAAUUUUGCCCAAUGUUUCAUGUGAUUUAGCGAAGAUACUCGUUCAUGACCUUGCCGUUCUGGGCCGCUUUCGUGCUGGCGGUGUCGACAUGGCAACCGACGGAGAACAAGCGGCUCAUCGACCAAAGCAGACUAGUGCCAGUUGGAAUAGACUAUCUGUCGGGCAGGCAACAGUUCAAGGAGUGUGUCUAUGGUGCUUCGCGCUCCGCGUGCUACGACCGGCCGGCGAAGGAGAACUGGGACUGGUAUGACGAGCAGUAUGGCUGCUGCCGCAACCAGCCCGACGAGCCAGAGGUCCUAUGCGGCGAGAUAGAGUUCGGAAAGAACUGUUCGGGUGAUGGGUGGAAGCACCUUGGGCAGAACACAUGCUGUAGCCGAAGCUGGACCAAGUGUCUAGAAGCCGUGAAAGAAGACUUUUGUACGGGAGAUGGCUACAAAUACCUCGGCCAUGGCAGGUGCUGCACCACCGCUCAAAGCUACUUUCCCUUCAGCUGCGAAAACGGACAUGAGCAUUUGUGCUCAGGUGAUGGAUGGCAGUACUUUGGAAACAACCGAUGUUGUACAAAGGGUUGGGUUUCCUGCCGGCACGGUGUGAGUCAAGACUUGUGCAGUGGAGAUGGGUACAAGUACCACGGGAAUGGUUUGUGCUGCGUCGCCAACCCUGUGCAUGAUAUUUUCCACCAGUGUAUCGAUGCAGACCAGGAGACUUGCCCAGAUUCCGAUGGGUGGAAAUACCUUGGACCCAACCGAUGUUGCCAACAGGUUCGCACGGCACGUCGUUGUUUUUCAGACGCCCGUCCGGAAUCCUGUCGCCACGAUGCCUUGACAUUCAUCGAACCAAGCACCUGCUGCACGCGUGCGGAGUCGGCGCGUCUGACGUGCGCCGUCGGAAUCCACACCGUGGGCAAUAUCGCCCCGGCCUUUUGCCUCAGUGAUGACCGGAUCUUCUUGCAAUCCAAAUGCUGCACACAGAGUUGGGUGACAUGUGCCAAAGGAACGAGCCAACGCUUCUGCAACCGGGAUGGCUACCAAUACCUUGGCAAUGGCAAGUGCUGCACUGAAGCCUCCACGAAGGCCCUCAAAGUCACGUGCGUUGGGGGAAGCCAAGACUCUUGUGGAGGUGAUGGUUGGACCUAUUUGGGCACCACCAAAUGUUGCACAAGGGGGUUCGCCAAGUGCAUAGAUGAUGUGGGAGAAGAGAUGUGCAGCGGUGACUUCAAGUAUGUCGGCCAUGGCAAGUGCUGCACCAGCUCUGCACAUUACUUUGACCUCACCUGUGUGAAAGGACAUGAGGAUUUGUGUUUAGGUCACGGAUGGAAGUAUUUUGGAAACAGCAAAUGUUGUACCAAGAACUGGGCCAAAUGCUUACAAGCUGCAAGGGAAGAUCUUUGCAGCGGCGAUGGCUACAAGUAUUUGGGGGAUGGCGUUUGUUGCAGCACCUCUCGAAACUACUAUGAGCUUACCUGCAUGAGCGGAGACGAAACUACUUGCUCAGGCCCGUGGAAACUUCUGGGCGAUGGCAGAUGCUGCACACGCCAGUGGGCCCACUGUGUCGAAGAUGUCAGUGAAGGCUUGUGCAGUGGAGACGGCUAUAAGUACUUCAAGGAUGGCAAGUGCUGCACCACGUCGAGCACUUACUUCGAAAUCACUUGUGUCAAGGGGCAGCCAGACCUGUGCUCCGGCGAUGGAUGGAAGUACCUUGGAGGAAACAAGUGUUGCACCAAAGACUGGGCGAAGUGCCACAAAGGUGCCACUUCAGGCUAUUGCAAUCAAGAUGGCUACAAGUACUUGGGCGAUGGCAUGUGCUGCAGCAGCUCCCAGACUCACUUUGAGCUCACUUGUGCCCAGGGCUAUGAAUCAGGUUGCCCAGGCACCCCAGGUGAUGCAUGGAGAUAUGUAGGGCAGAGCCAAUGCUGCACUCGAAGCUGGCCCCGUUGUGAGAUGCGCGCGCCAUCCAUGUUCUGUGGCCUCAAUGGCUACAAGUACCUCACCCAUGGCAGCUACAAGGAGUUGCCCUCGGGUGUGUGCUGCCUCUCCAAUGCCAGCUUGGGCUAUAAGAGCAUCCAGUCGAUUCCUACGGGUGAACACGGUGGGUCCACCAGGAGCUACGCUGAGACAAGGACGGUGCCAUGGCUGUGGCUUGCCGUGUCCAGCUUUCUCCAGCUUUCGCGCAGAUAGAAAACGAAUGGGUGCAGUGAAGCUGAGGAGUGAAAAGGUGCCACCCAGAGUGAUGCCGAACUCCCGGUAGCAAGACAUAGCACGAGCACGGCUGCAGGGGCCGG